CCAUAACUUCGACCUUGGCACCUGCAGCCUCCCCUGCCCUUUCCCCGGUGGGGGUGAGGCUGCUGUGUGGGUGUGGGGGUGACUCACACGGGCCACGUGGGCGGGCAAUGCAGCUGUGGCCGGUGGGCGUGGCCUGCCUGGUGCCGAGGGCAGGUGGCCCAGCCAGUUCUGCCUCUGAUGCCUCAUUCCAGCCAUCCCUCUGCCUGCAAUGAGAGCUUUCCACCGCCUCAGCCACAGUCCCACCCAGGGGCCUUGGGCCCCAGACAUGCGGUGAUCUCAGAGCAAGGGUUGCCACGACCACCCAGAACCUCACGAGCCAUGAAUGCCCACCCCAAGGAGACGGUGCCUCUCAUGGGCAAGAGAGUUGCCGCCCCCAGUGGGAACCCUGCUGUCCUGCCUGAGAAGAGGGCGGCGGAGAUCACCCCCACAAAGAAGAGUGCACACUUCUUCCUGGAGAUAGAAGGGUUUGAGCCCAACCCCGUGGCUGCCAAGACCUCUCCCCCCGUCUUCUCCAAGCCCAUGGAUUCCAACAUCCGGCAGUGCAUCUCUGGCAACUGUGAUGACAUGGACUCCCCCCAGUCUCCUCAGGAUGAUGUGACAGAGACCCCAUCCAAUCCCAACAGCCCCGGUGCACACCUGGCCAAGGAAGAGCAGAGGAGGAAAAAGAGGCGGCUGAAGAAGCGCAUCUUUGCAGCCGUGUCUGAGGGCUGCGUGGAGGAGCUGGUGGAGCUGCUGGUGGAGCUGCAGGAGCUUUGCAGGCGGCGCCGUGACGAGGAUGUGCCUGACUUCCUCAUGCACAAGCUGACGGCCUCCGACACGGGGAAGACCUGCCUGAUGAAGGCCUUGUUAAACAUCAACCCCAACACCAAGGAGAUCGUGCGGGUCCUGCUUGCCUUUGCCGAAGAGAACGACAUCCUGGGCAGGUUCAUCAAUGCCGAGUACACAGAAGAGGCCUACGAAGGGCAGACGGCGCUGAACAUCGCCAUCGAGCGGCGCCAGGGGGACAUCGCGGCCGUGCUCAUCGCCGCCGGCGCCGACGUCAACGCCCACGCCAAGGGCGCCUUCUUCAACCCCAAGUACCAGCACGAAGGCUUCUACUUCGGUGAGACGCCCCUGGCCCUGGCAGCCUGCACCAACCAGCCCGAGAUUGUGCAGCUGCUGAUGGACCACGAGCAGACGGACAUCACCUCGCAGGACUCGCGGGGCAACAACAUCCUCCACGCCCUGGUGACUGUGGCCGAGGACUUCAAGACGCAGAAUGACUUUGUGAAGCGCAUGUACGACAUGAUCCUACUGCGGAGUGGCAACUGGGAGCUGGAGACCACUCGCAACAACGACGGCCUCACGCCGCUGCAGCUGGCCGCCAAGAUGGGCAAGGCCGAGAUCCUGAAGUACAUCCUCAGUCGUGAGAUCAAGGAGAAGCGGCUCCGGAGCCUGUCCAGGAAGUUCACUGACUGGGCAUACGGACCCGUGUCGUCCUCCCUCUACGACCUCACCAACGUGGACACCACCACGGACAACUCUGUGCUGGAAAUCACCGUCUACAACACCAACAUCGACAACCGGCAUGAGAUGCUGACCCUGGAGCCGCUGCACACGCUGCUGCGGAUGAAGUGGAAGAAAUUUGCCAAGUACAUGUUCUUUCUGUCCUUCUGCUUUUACUUCUUCUACAACAUCACCCUGACCCUGGUCUCGUACUACCGCCCCCGGGAGGAGGAGGCCCUCCCGCACCCCUUGGCCCUGACGCACAAGAUGGGGUGGCUGCAGCUCCUCGGGAGGAUGUUCGUACUCAUCUGGGCCACGUGCAUCUCCGUGAAAGAGGGCAUUGCCAUCUUCCUGCUGAGACCCUCGGAUCUACAGUCCAUCCUCUCGGAUGCCUGGUUUCACUUUGUCUUUUUUAUCCAAGCUGUGCUUGUGAUACUGUCUGUCUUCUUGUACUUGUUUGCCUACAAAGAGUACCUCGCCUGCCUCGUGCUGGCCAUGGCCCUGGGCUGGGCGAACAUGCUCUACUACACGAGGGGGUUCCAGUCCAUGGGCAUGUACAGCGUCAUGAUCCAGAAGGUCAUUUUGCAUGAUGUUUUGAAGUUCUUGUUCGUAUAUAUCGUUUUUUUGCUUGGAUUUGGAGUAGCCCUGGCCUCACUGAUCGAGAAGUGUCCCAAAGACAACAAGGACUGCAGCUCCUACGGCAGCUUCAGCGACGCGGUGCUGGAACUCUUCAAGCUCACCAUCGGCCUGGGUGACCUGAACAUCCAGCAGAACUCCAAGUAUCCCAUUCUCUUUCUGUUCCUGCUCAUCACCUACGUCAUCCUCACCUUCGUUCUGCUCCUCAACAUGCUCAUUGCCCUGAUGGGCGAGACUGUGGAGAACGUCUCCAAGGAGAGCGAGCGUAUCUGGCGCCUGCAGAGAGCCAGGACCAUCUUGGAGUUUGAGAAAAUGUUACCAGAAUGGCUGAGGAGCAGAUUCCGGAUGGGAGAGCUGUGCCGAGUGGCCGAGGAAGAUUUCCGACUGUGUUUGCGGAUCAAUGAGGUGAAGUGGACUGAAUGGAAGACGCACGUCUCCUUCCUUAACGAAGACCCGGGGCCUGUCAGACGAACAGAUUUCAACAAAAUCCAAGAUUCUUCCAGGAACAACAGCAAAACCACUCUCAAUGCCUUUGAAGAAAUAGAGGAUUUCCCGGAAACGUCGGUGUAGAAGCGGAACCGGAGCCGGCGUGCGCGUGCGCUGUCUGGCGCUGCAGGCGGAGUCACGGCCCCUGCGGAGAGGCUUUGAGGGAUGAUGGAGUUUGGCUCUGCUGGUGUAGCAGCAGAGUGCACCCUCAUGCUCAGUGCUCAGUGGGUGUCUGAACUGAGGGGCAGUUGUCAGUUUGUCUGAGUGGAAAAUAUCCUGGAUUUUGUUACUGGGCAAGGAGUUGGUGUAAACCUACAGCCAGCAGCAGUCUGGAGCCUGGGAGCCUCCUGAAGUCCUGGGUGAAGCCUCUGGUUUUACCAGUUGCAGGUGGGCUUGGCUGGGAGAGAUGGGUGGCAGGGAAGGGGCAGGAGCCUUGAGGAGCAGGGAAAGGCGCCUUUCCUCCUGCCAGCUUCCCCCAGCCCCAGCCCACACGUUGUACCGUCUCUCCUGCUGUGACUGGGUUGCCUGAAUUUGGGGAGACCCUUGAUCCCAUCCCAGAGUGUGCCGGGGACGGAGGUAAGCCGGAUAUCCUGGGGGAGGAAGGGAAUGAGCUCUGGAAACAUCCUUCCGGAACCCUUCAGGGAAAAGGAGACCAUCCUUGGAGUGAACCUCCCCUGACGCCCCAAGGUUCACACUGCCUCAAGCUGAGACAGGUUUUUAGUAGCAUAAGUAAUACAGGGUUUAAAUUUUCAAUAUGGAAAAGACAUUUCAGUUAAGAAUGAAAAUUACUACAAUGAAGUAUGUGAUUUUAAAAGUGGAGACAGAUUGGGAGCUUUGGGGCUGGAUGUAAGUAUUAUAUAUUUGGCCUCAGGGUGCCCAGAGCCAGACAAAAAGCUUUUCUUCACACACACAAAAGUCUGCAUGAGACACGCCGGGCAAGUCCUGCUGGGCCGCCGCGAUCUGGGUGAAAGGGCCUGGCUCUUGUCCGUGUCCUGGCCUCGCAGUAGUGCCUGCCUCUGCGCUGGGAUCUUGGCUUCAGCUGAAGCAGAAAUAGCAGCUGCUCGAUCGAUGCCAUCUUAGAACUCAGCAGUUAGUCACAUACCUCAGUAUGUCUCAGUGGGGGAAUUUAACAAAAAGGCCUCAACUGCUUUGGUACGAAGUAUUUUUUUUUUUAACUGUGAAUUUUGAAGCUGAAAGGGGAGCUUGUGAGAGAGAAGCCUUUGCCAAGACUUUGGGCUUAUUUUUAGGUCCUCAUCCUCUGAUGUUCUCCUUCUGAAAUGAGACGGAGUCAGUCUGGGGGCAGAGGUGAAGUGGAGACGGAAGGAUUUGCCAGGUGACUGGGGCCGAAACCACCAGAAAAUCCACUCUGCCACCAUUAGCUAGUGAAAGGAUUCAUGUAAAGAUGUUCGAGGUGGAAUUAUAAAAAUAGUAACCGUGAAUGUUAAUCUUAAAUGGCAGAAAUAGAAAUUUGGCCUUCAGAUAACAUGACGAUUGAUUAGUUCAUCUGGCUUGAGGCAAACUAAGGAGUGCGGACCUGGCAGUGCACUCUGGGCCAGUUGCUCUGCUCUGGGCCACUCUGUGUGCCAGACUAGCUGGGCAGAUAGAGACUCUGUGCCCCUGAUGGGGCUGGUUGGGGAGAGGUGGGCUGGGGUGUGUGCGGCUUCACAAUCCACAGCAGUCCCUGCCCUCCGGGCUGACCCAGGGAGUAACUGCAUACUCUGAGCCACAGUGGUGGGGGCUGGGCAUGGGCCUCUGGAGAAGAGAAGAUUUGAGGCGGACUGUCCUAGAGGCAGGAGGAGCGGAUGUGUUCCAGAAUGGGCAGAACUAGGAAAUUGAGAAAGAUUUUGGCUCAAUCCAAUCCAGCAGCUGCUCCAGAUGUUGGAGAUGUUUAAGCAAAAGCUGGUCGAGCCCUUAGUGAGGGAUGUUGUUGAAAAUGGUCAUUGGAAGAAGUGUAAGGUCCCUUUUAGCCUGGAGAUUUCUGCAGAGCAGCAUUCCACAUCUGGAAUUAGCUACCCGCAUUAAGCCUGAACAGACAUCUUGGUCUGAAAGGAAGUGGUUAGGAUUCAUGAUGCCACGCUCUACACUGUGGAGCUGGGAAUUCCAGAAGUGCUUUGACUCGGAUAUUAAUGGAGAAAGUCCUAUCCAUUAAUGAAUAAAGCCGUAUCUUAUGGAUAAAGCCAUAUCCAGAAUUGCUUUGACUCAGAUGUUGAUGGAUAAAGCCAUAUCCAGAAUUGCUUUGACUCAGACAUUGAUGGAUAAAGCUGUAUCCAGAAUUGCUUUGACUUAGAUGUUGAUGGAUAAAGCCAUAUCCAGAAUUGCUUUGACUCAGACAUUGAUGGAUAAAGCCGUAUCCAGAAUUGCUUUGACUCAGAUAUUAAUGGAUAAAGCUAAUUAUCGAUUUCUAUUUGCCUAACCUGCCAGCUUUUGUCCAAGUGCGGAAUGGAGAGCCAUGUGGAUGUUUGUUAUCUCACACGUGAUGGAGAGCUGCUCUCUGUGGGUCUGGAUGGAAUUGGUUGGCAAGACCAUUUUCUGUAUUGGAUAUUCUUCCCAACCAUGUCCACCCCAAAAGGCUUUCAGCCAAAAGGUCUGAGCCUAGGUAGGUUUACCAAGGGAAGCCAUGAGUCAAGAAGCAUCAGAGUGAAAAGGACCACUUCCUUCAUUUUACCUCCGGAGGCUAAUGCUCCAAGAGGAAUAUGUACUUGGGCAAAGUCAUGCGGGAAGGUCAUAUCAGAGCUGCGGAGGCUGGGGUGUCCUGAUUCUUGGACCACAGAUGUCUCCCUGAGCCAUUAUUUGUUUAGUUUUAAAAAGCACAGUUAUUCCACCAUUUUGAGUCUGUCUUUGUAGUUGGCUUAUAUUGGGGGAGCAGGACUGUUUUCUCAGGUGUUUCAUUUGGCAGUCAACAUUGUCCCCUAUGUUCCCUGUGACUAGUUGAAAAUUCAGUUGUGCCCACAGGGUGCACAAAAGCACACCCACACUCACCCACACACACCCACACACACCCACCCCCCCAUACACCCACACCCACACCCCACUGAACCCAUGGGUCUAUCAGGACAUCUUAAAACUCCGUGAUUGACAUUUCAGUAAUUUCAGGGGAAGGCGUUUUCCAGGGAUGGGAUCUCCCAGGCUCAGAUAGUGCCUUGGCUGUAAAUGCUCCUUUAGCUAAACUUUUCCUCAGAAGAAUUCAUUAUUCUAGACAUUAUGUGAUAUAUCUGUUUGGAAUAAAAGGUGCUUAACCUUCCUCCCUGGGAUGUGGGAGAAGGUGCUGGAGGUUGUACUGUGAAGUCAUUAAGCUCUUAGAAGGCUCCAGCCUGAGAGAGUCCAGUAUUAUUGACAUUCCUUUCCUUCCUCAACGCCUGGUGACCUGUGUCCUUUCGCUCUGGGCAGGGCCCAGGUAGAUGGGCCGUCAUCCGGGCCUGUAAGCCGUACUUGAUUUCCGCAUUGAUUUACAUAUUUUUUACUGUGAUCUUGGUUCCAAACACAGAAUUGUCAUCCCAUUUUCCUUGAAUGUGCCGAAUCCUUGUAAAUUCUCAUUUACCUACUUGUUCUUAGUGUUGUGUGUGUGUGUGAAACUCUAUGUUCAAGGAAGAAAUCGUACAAAGAGUAAGAACAUGUUUGUGCCAUUGAAGAAAUGGUUUUUUGAUUUCUAAUAAAUAUUUAUUUUGCCUUGUUA